UAUCAAUAGUUGUUCCUAAGAGAUCAUCUAAAUAUGUGGAUGUCGAUGAAUAAUUUCCAGUAUUCAAACUAUGAUGUUUGGAGUGGAAUUCAGAAUGAGUUGUUAAAGGUAAAUGUUGAAACACAUCCCAUUGGAAUUUUAAACCAGAAUGAUCUAAUAAUGUUUUAUGAGUACCUAAUCCAACAAAUACAAGAUUAGUGAUAUCAUUUGUAUUCGAUAUCAUAAUAAAAUUGGUCCAGCAACUACUUUAAUUAAAUUGCCUUAGAUAUAUUCGAAAGGAUGAGCAAAUUCAGCUGACCAUGAUAUUAAUCAUAAUAUUUAUUAUUAAUUUACCUGUAAUGUUAUAAAUAUGAGGUACUUUAUGACUUUUCCCUAAAUAUAUGGGUGUAUGAAAUAAUCUAUGACUAAAGUAAAACAACACUUUUCUAUCAUUCCAAAAUAUUUAUCAACUUAUUUCAAAUACAGUUGUAUCCAAUUAUCCAAUUUUAAACAACCAGCA